ACAUUUUUAAUUUCGACAUUCGAGAUGGCCUUUCCAAUGAUCGCUAUUUUCGUUGUUUUCUUCAUAAGACAUUGCUACGGUGGUGACACAUAUAAAGACAACGUAGAUUUCACUGACUUUUCAUGGGUACACGACAGUUAUCCUUCAAUGGUAAGGGAUAGAAAGGAAAAAAUAGAAGAUGUAGCUCCACCAGGUGCAGAAUGGGCUGAUGUCAAUCGUACCUUUGAGGAAAUGGUGCAAGCAAGAGGUUUCCCUGUUGAAACACAUUCCGUUACAACAGAAGAUGGCUACAUUUUGACUUUGCACAGAAUUCCUUAUGGAAGAAGUGGCCCAUCAGAAAACAGACCAGCAGUUUUUGUCAUGCAUGGAUUAUUGUCUUCAUCAGCAGAUUGGAUUAUUUCCGGAGUUGACAAAGGACUCGCAUAUUUAUUGGCAGACAAAGGAUACGACGUUUGGUUAGGAAAUGCUAGAGGCAAUACAAAUUGUCGAAAGCAUGUAAAUCUAGAUAUCAAAGAAGAUAAGGAAGCCUUUUGGAAUUUUAGCUGGCACGAAAUCGGUUAUUACGAUCUUCCUGCUAUGAUUGACUAUGUUUUGGAAGAAACGAAACAAGACAAAAUAUUCCAUAUAGGACAUUCCCAAGGAACAACUUCGUUUUAUGUGAUGACUUCUUCGAGACCUGAGUACAACGCCAAGAUUCGCGCUCAUUUCAGCUUAUCACCCGUUGUUUAUAUGAACCAUUUGGUCAGCCCCAUGGUUCGCAUGGCCGCUGCAAUUGACCUCCCUUUACAAAAUUUCCUGCACCUUAUUGGAGCUUACGAAAUUUUGCCCACUAGUGCAUUAUUGCGUAAUUUUGCCAGCAAAUUUUGCGCUGAUGAUGCAAUAACUCAGUUUUUGUGCAGCGAUUCCCUUUUUGCCCUUUGUGGCUUUAGCCGUAAUCAGAUGAAUGCAACUUUAUUGCCAAUAUUGGUAGCUCAUACGCCCGCUGGAUCAUCUACAAGACAAUUAGUUCAUUACGGUCAAGAAGUUAAUUCAGGUCGUUUUCGUAGAUAUGAUAAUGGUUUACUUAAAAACAAAGCAGCAUAUGGUUCAUUUAAGCCCCCGAAUUAUGAUCUUGAAAAGGUCACAACCCCCGUAUACAUUUUCUACAGUACAAAUGAUUGGAUGUCGGCCGUAACUGACGUUUUAAAAUUAGAAAAAUUAUUACCCAACAUUAAAGGGAAAUUCUUGAACCCAGAUCCUGAAUGGAAUCAUUUGGAUUACGUUUAUGGAAUUGAUGCUCCUAAAUACGUUUAUACACGAGUCAUAAGCCUAAUGACCCGACACUAAACAAAAUGAGAGGUACACUUCAAAAACGAUGAGGCUGACGUUGUUGGGUAGUAUGAGAUAGGGUUAUUAAAAAAAAUAUAAUGCGAAUAAAAUACACCGAUAAAGGUAACGUGACAAUGCCGUUGAAACUCUGCUAGUUAUUCACAAAAUAAAAUUUAGUUUCUACAAGAAAAACGCUGAGAAUCUGUAGUAAAUAUAGCAAAACCGAUGAACUUCACGUAUAAAAAUAAUUUUUCCCUUAACUCACUAAAGGUGACCCCUCAUUAUUUUUUCAGUGUGCUCUACGAACAUCAGCAUUUAAAAACCAACGCACUUAAUAAAUAACAUUCUUCUAUUAUUUGAAGAUAUUUAAGCAGUUUAUUACAGAUCCAUGAGUUAAUUAAUGAAAAUACAUAUUGUAUUUACAAAUUUGUUGCAAAUAAACCAAAUUUAUCCUGAA